AACAAAACUAAAUACGUCAGAAGACUACAAACAAAAGAUAUGAACGCUAAGGCGACGCAGUCGUCAACGUCGCCGUCACCGUCUCCGUCUCCGUCGCAAGCUUUGGCCGCCCCGUGCGUGUGAAGUUAGUGACCUUGCGCGAAAUGAGUUACUAAAGUGAACAACAACAAUAACAACAACAACUAUUUGAAGUGCAUUUGAAUCGGUGUUCUAACUCGAACUUGGCAUCAACUAUGCCUUGAAAUUAACACACAUUCACUUUUUGAUGCUCAAAUUAGAAAUAUAAAGCUUGGUAAAAACUCAUACACACAUUAGAAUUAGAAUUUGUACUGAAAAAAUUCUCCAUAUAAUACGAUACGGAAAGAGAAACGGUUGGAAAAAGUUUUGGAACCAUUUGGGAACGCAAGCGUGAUGAGUCAAAGACGCACCGGUUUCGUUUUGGAUGCCACCAGCAUGGGUCUAACCACCGCGAAUGGCCAACACCAUGAUGAGGAGCACCAGACCAAUAAUAGGCCGACAUUGGGCUCCGUGGGCUCAAACAGUGGCGAUAAGCCCAGCACCUCGACACUUUUCACACCCCACAGCGAACUGCAGCUCCACCAGUUGGCCAGCGGGCGAGGAGGUGGUGGGGGGACCAGCGAAAACAACAUUAUCAGACCACAUGCCCAGUGCAAUGCCUCCACGGAGACAAUGUCCACGGAAUACUAUCGGGGUCGCUUACAGCGAUUGAAGGAGUCGGCUGGGAGCAGCGGGGAUGAGGCUCUCAUGAACUACGAACUGAAUAGCAUUUUUCUCAAGCGCCUGGACGAGAUCGAUUGCCUCGACAGCAACAGCGGUGGUGAUGGAGGGAAUGUCGCAACACAGCUGCGUCUGGUUACAUUUCAAGAAUGGGUGGAUCUACUGCUGCUGGUGAAUAACAUUAUCUUUGGGAAUAUGUCGGCUCUGGAGAAGGACGCCCAUAGCAAGAUCGUGGCCUGUUUUCAGUCCGUGCGUGGCGAGCAGCAGCAGGCAUUGGAGGAGAAUCGCAAGUUGCGCAAAGAUAUCUGCGCAAUUAUAAAGCUCGUACAGGGUGCCUAUCACAAAAAUGUUUGGAACACCGACGAUAUGUAUUUGGAAACCCUAACUGUCAACCAGCUGUUGGGCAUCUCGCGCGAUCAGUCUAGACCAGAGAGCGAGAGCGAGCGGAUCGCCAAGUGCAUGAAAUCUCUGGCCACAGAAGUGGCUGCCAAGCACGAUGAGGUCUGCCAUCUACAGACCCAAAUGAGUAAUCUGGAGGAGGUGGUGCAGACGGCCCGACAAAAGCUCAUUCUCAAAGAUCAGUGCAUUGCACAGCUGAAUCAACAGCUGCUGGAAAUGCACGAUUGUAUGACCAAUAUGGCUAAUCAUACCACUAAGGAGACUAUAAAUAGCUUAACAUCCGAACCCUGCCACCCUGAAACCUGUUCCGAUAAUGCCGAGAAUUUUGACUCGGAAGCCGAUAAUGACAAAAUCUCCAAUCGCAUAUUCGAGAACCUGGAGAGUCAGGAGCAACAGGAAGUCCGUAUGCAACGCAUACUCAGCAAAGAACUCGACGAUGUCUUUGAGUUGCACAAUCAAUGCAAGUCGGAGGCUGUGGAAUGUUAUAAAAAGCGCUUGGGGCUUAUCUUCACACAACUCAGCACAGAACGGAACGACACUCUGCGCAAACUGGAGGCCAUUCGCUGUCAGCUGAAGGAUCUGGAAUGCAAUAUCGUUCAAACGGAACCGGCGACAAGUUCUUCUAAAACUUCUGAGGGUGCGCAACUAGUUGAGGUCGAGGUGGUGCGCAAGCGCCUUGAGCUCUUGAAUUGUUGCAACAAAGAGUUGCAACAGAAGUGUCUGCGUCUGGAGAGCCAGCAUAAUGUGCUACAAACCAAAUAUGAAUCGGAAUGUAGCUUGAAUGAAAAAAAUUGCGCUGUUUUGAAGGAUAUUGCGGAUCUCAUAUGCAAGCUGCGUUCUACGGACUUUUCCUAUGAUCACAUCUAUACUGAGUCAUCUAUGGAGAAUCCAUUCUGCAGUGCUAUAAUGCAGAUAUACGAGAGGUGUGAAGUGCAAACAAAUAAGAGCGAACAUGACGAUCUGAGAGCAUGCAACGAACGUCUGGUGUGCCAAGUGGAGAGCAUGAAGAGCGCCUUGGACGAUCGUGAUAAGCAAAUCACAAAAUUACAUUCCCUGAUUAACGGCUAUUCCGAUUUCUGCGAGAACAAGCGCUUGAAUGAGGAGAUAUACGUGCUAAAGAAAGCAAACUGUAAUCAAUCGCACAAACUGCGUGAGGUGGCCGCACUGCUCAAGAACCAGGAGGACCAACGCCUAGAGCUGAACAACAAGUAUGAGAAGCUAUCGAAAAGUUUCGAGGAUCAAUGCCGUGAGUUGAAGAGUGCCAAUCGAUGUGCGCAGGCAUUACAGGAGCGUCUGGGGCAGGUGGAGAAAAUGCAGGAGGAGCUCGUCGCCGAGCGCAAUCUGUUGCGUGAGGAGGUCGUUGCGCUGAAGAGCAAGGAGGCGGGGAUGAUGGGACAAGAGCGCGCCUUGUGUGAUCAGCUGAAGCACGAGAGACUGGAGCUGGACAAGUCCAGGAAACUGGUGCGAGAUAUGCAGUGCCAGCUGCACCAUCAGUCAAUGCAGCAUCGCCAGACUGUGUGCGAUCUGAACCACGCCAAUGAAGCGAUCAGGCAGCAAUUGCACGAUCUGGUGCUCGAUUGCAAGCAGAUGCAGUUGAAGUUGAAGCAGCAGACAGAAGUGACGAACCAGCAGCAGCAGAUUAUCGAAUCCUUCCGGAAAUGGAAGGACGCACAGGUUCGUUCCGAUGAGGCGAUGCGCCAGUGCGUGAAACGCGCCGAGGAACACAUUUGCAUCCUGCUGGAGGACAACCAGCGUUUGUGUGAGGAAUAUCGUCGCAUGCAUCAGGACUAUUGCGUGCUCGAGGUCGAGAUGGAUCGGGUGAGAGAUUGUGUGAAUAGUCGAAUGGCGCCGACCCCGGGACUCUCUGGGGGAGCCGAAAAAACCGCCACUCUCAACGUAACUGAUGAGAUGGCCAAACGCUUGCAACAUCUCUAUACCACCUCGCAGCGGCUAUCCGAACAUUGCAGAUCUCUAAGCAGCACCUUCUUCGAGUACAUACCCGAGCAGCUACAACAGCAGUCUAAAAUGGCAGCAAGACGCGCCACGACUUCUCAGGCCCCUCAAUCGGGAGUCAACCAGUCCGUCGAAACAGAUCAGCAGCGAUAGACAACUGCUCGACCAAUAUACAACGUAUAUGCUCGCAACAACCACAACGUUGUCAAAGACAAGGAUUUACAAAAAAUGUGUUCCAAUCGAAAAUUCGUAUCAACAAACGUCAUCUUUGUUAUUCCGCAUCCGUUCAUCGUAUUCUAACGCGUCUCUUUCACACUAUAAAUUUGGUUUUCAGAUCACAGUUUCAGUCACACAAAACACUUUUACACACAUCCAUUUGUUCGGUCAAAAUACUAAAUGAAGAUAAUGUAAAUUACAUUUGUAAAUUAUAGUAAAGAAAUAAAAUUUAUGUAUGUGCUUGUA